CGGAAAAUUCUGUUGCUGCCCUGCUUAGUCGUGACUGGAUCAAAAAAUAUUGGAGCACCGUUACUGAUAAAGUUUGUUUUUUUUUCGUGCGUUAGAGAGAGAGCGAGAAAAGAGAAACAGAAACCGGUACAUAGUUUUUCCCAGCUCGUCUGAAGAAGAUUGCUGUAUGCAUGCAUGCGUGUGUUGUGUUCUUUUUUGAUGUUGCUUGUAAGCAUUGUGGAGCCCAAUACACUGUCUUCAAAGAAGAUUUUUUUUGUUGUAAGUGACAGUUAUUUAAGGCAAAGAAUCAAGUCCGCGGAGAGACCGCACAAUGGAGGAAGUUGAUUGUAAGUAAAGCACCGCGAUAUUUAAAAAAAACACUAAAAAUAUCCUUCAUUAGAGCGUGUUUGUUACUUCAACAUCAAAUAACGAAAAGAGGCGAAUAAACAAAAACCCGUAGCGACAUUGCAAAAUAUUGCACACCUUUGGUACUUUUAAACUGCCGUUUAAUCUUCAUUCAAUAAAUUGUGGUGAGAGGGAGAGGAAGGAAACUGAAGGGUGGCGUACAACCGAAAGAUGAGUUUAGUUGGAGGAUUUCCUCAUCACCCUGUGGUACACGAUGGCUAUCCGUUCGCCGCGGCGGCAGCUGCGGCGGCCGCCAGCCGCUGUCAUGAAGAGAGCCCUUACUUCCACGGUUGGCUCAUCAGUCACGCCGAGAUGUCUCCCCCCGACUACACGAUGGCGCCCAACUACAGCCCCGAGUACGCGAACGGCGGCGGGGGCCUCGAUCACACGUCGUACGGGGGUGUUUCGUCGGCAGUGGCGGCGGCGGCGGCGGGGGGCCGACCGACCAAACGCAGGGGCACGGCCAACCGCAAGGAGAGGCGCAGGACUCAGAGCAUCAACAGCGCCUUCGCCGAGCUACGGGAGUGCAUCCCCAACGUGCCCGCGGACACCAAGCUAUCCAAGAUCAAAACCUUGCGUCUAGCCACCAGCUACAUCGCCUACCUCAUGGACCUUCUGGCGAAGGAUGACCAGAAUGGAGAGACGGAGGCCUUCAAAGCGGAAAUCAAGAAGGUGGAUGUUAAGGAGGAAAAGAGGAAGCGAGAGUUGAAUGAAGUUCUGAAGAAUACAGUCAGCAGCAACGACAAGAAAACAAAAGGAAGGACUGGUUGGCCACAGCACGUCUGGGCUUUGGAACUCAAACAGUGAGAGCUUGAACCUGACCUGAGAAGGUGGGGGUAGAAGAGACUUCCAGAAUUGUUUCCCCGAGUAUUUGUCACGCAAACUUUCGCACGUCGACAGAAGCUAUAUAUGUUCAGAAUCAACUUUAUUUAUAUGUGCAAUUUACCCCACCCCAGAGAGAGAGGGGGGGAGAGAGAGAGAGCGGAAUGUUGGAAGAAAAGCAUUUCACAAUUGGAAGAGAAAGGCCGAGUUGGUAAGGGGUUGUAUUGUUUUAUAGUAGAUGUGAAUGUUGGUCCUCCCCAUCGCCACCCUGUUUCAACGUGUUAAACGUUUAUAGCACACACACUCACACAUACACACACACACACACACACACACACACACACACACACACACACACACACACACACACAAGAUUUCUCGGUAAAGAAUUAUGUAUGUGCAGUGUAUUUUUCAAGUACCUGGCAGGUCUUUUUGGGGUAUAAAUAUUCAAGGUUUGUUUUUCUAAUGUUGUAUUGGAACGAAAAGUAGGUGUACCAACGUGCAAUUUGGUCAUGUUAGUGUGCCGUAUAUAGUAUUAUGUUGUUGUGUUGUGGUCUUGCAGUAUUUCGUUCGGUUAUUUUCCAAUAAUUGUUUGAUAUGUGCACUUCCGUCCAAAAAAAAGUGGAGAUUAAUAUUGGAGAUGUAAACGUUGUAAUUAUUGUCAAUAAAAAACACUUUUUUAAUAA